CCAAUUAAAUCUUUGUUUCUUUUUUUAAGAUGCAUAUAAUGAGACUGACAGCACUUAACUAAAAAACAAAAACAAAACCAUCUACUGGCUACUUGCAGUUACUGGCAUCUUGAAACUAGAAGCAAUAAUGGAUAGUGGUAGAAGCAGUCCUGUGAACCUGACUAGGUCCAGCUCAAUGCGAUCUUACAAUACAAAUAGGACAUCGCUUGUCAGAAGAAAUCAAAGUAUGAGUGCUAAACAGGUUCGCUUUUACAGAAAUGGUGACCGCUACUUUGGUGGUUUAAAGCUGGCUGUUUCCAUGGAAAGAUAUAAAGAAUUUGAUUCAUUACUAGCUGAACUUUCUAUGAAAUUAAAUCUCCCAACAGGAGCUGUACGGUUUAUAUUUAACGCAGAUGAUAGUAGUAUGAUAACUGACAUUUCACAGCUUCAGUAUGGUAUUCCGUAUGUUUGCUCUUCAUCAAAUACCUUUAGACAAAUAGAAGGUGGUUAUGGAAAGCACCUUCAUGCUUGGUCUAUAAUAGCAAAGUCAAAAAAUCAAUAUAACAAACCUACUGUUUUGAAUAACAUAGAAAACAAUGGUAUUGCUUUUCGUGUUGACAGUUCAAGGGAUUUUAUAAAACCUAAACUUGUAACAGUUAUAAGAAAUGGGAAACCACCACAAAAGAAAGUAACUUUAUUGUUGAACAGUAAAACUGCAAUAUCGCUAGAUCAAGUGUUGGAUCAGUUAUCAGCCAAAGGCUCUUUAGGGAAGGUUGAUAAAUUGUAUACAGUAGAUGGCCGUCCGGUUAAGACUUUAAAAGAUUUGUUUGACGAUGACACUGUUUUCAUUGCAUUAUCUGCAAAUGAAAAAUUCCCUGAUGAUGGAAUUGAGUUAGAUCCAAACAGUUAUAGAAUUACACCUUACCGAGAACUGAAAAGGCCAAGUAACAUGACAGUUAGGAGGUCAAACUCACUACGGGGUAGCAUACGAAGGUACAAAGAUGAAAAUGAAAAUAUGUCCAUAUCAAAGAUUGCAAAAAAUCUCCGUUCAAAUCAUGGAGUUCAUAGUGCUAAGGGUGGCAUAACAAAAGUUACAAGACCAAGAGGAUCAUCCAUGAAAAAUCCUGAUCAAAAUAAAGAAGAAUUAUAUCCAACAUCAGUGUUUGAAAGUGACUCAUCAGAUUCAGACUGUGAAUACGAUGUGUACUCGAUGUUUGGCAUAAAGAAAGAUAAACACUCCGUACACAGUGCUUAUAAGAUAGGAAGAAUAAUCGGUGAUGGAAACUUCGCCAUUGUUCGAGAAUGUCGAAACAGAAAAACACAAAAACCGUAUGCUUUAAAAAUCAUCAAUAAAUCGAAAGUCAAAGGAAAGGAACAUAUGAUUGAGAAUGAAAUUCUCAUCUUACGAAAAAUCACACAUCCAAAUAUUGUCAGGUUACAUGAAGAGUUUGAAACUCCGAAAGAGAUAUACCUCGUGAUGGAACUCGUUGCAGGUGGUGAUCUGUUUGAUGCAAUUGUAGCUAACACACGAUUCUCUGAACCUGAAUCAGCAUACAUGAUUCGUGAUCUCGCCUCAGCUGUCCAGUACUUACAUAUGUUAAACAUUGUUCAUCGUGACAUUAAACCUGAGAAUCUCUUAGUUGUCAAUAGGAAUGAUGGACGGAAAUCAAUAAAGUUAGCGGAUUUCGGUUUGUCUAUCGAAGUAAAAUCACCCAUGUUUCUUGUAUGUGGCACGCCCACCUAUGUUGCUCCUGAAAUUUUAGAUGAGUCUGGUUAUGGCUUAAAAGUGGACGUGUGGGCCAUUGGAGUGAUUUGCUAUAUCUUGCUUUGUGGCUUUCCUCCUUUCCGAAGUGUCAACCACGAUCAGGAAGAACUGUUUGAUAAAAUAUUAAGAGGCGAUUUUGAAUACCUGUCUCCAUUCUGGGACGAUGUCAGUGAAUCACCUAGGGAUUUGAUUGACAGACUACUAGUUGUGGAUGCUAGCGAAAGAUUUGAUGCGUCUGAAGUGUUGCAGCAUUUCUGGAUAAAAAAAUGGACCGAACCUGUUGAGAAGAUUCAUCGCGAACUCUCUGAAGCAGAAGAAGCUAAUGUGAAAAACAGGAAACGUUUACGUGGAAUAGCACUAGCUAUCCAAGCGGUAAUUUCUUUACUUCACCUUGUCCGAUCUAAAACUAAACUAAACGAAAACUUAAACUCAACUUCGAAGCCACAAUUAAUCGAACACAAACUAACUAACAAAUCUUCGCCUAACAUAAGUCGUAUACCGCGUCCAAAACCUCAAGCUGGUUCGCAUAUCGCAGAAAUUCGAAAGUCGAUCACUACUCCAAUUAAACGACGUGGAGUGAACAGAAGUAUAUCCCACAACCAAACCAAUACAUCAUCACAACCUCCUGACUAUUCGCUAAAAAAAGGCUUCCUCAAGCGUGAAGAAGCGAUACAACGAGCUUUAAUUCGAGCGAAUCGCGCCUCAAAAUCGUCACCACUUCAUAUAAAAAAGACAGCAAUUAACAGCCCAGCUAUACCUAGGCGCCCAGCGCAAGAAAAAACCGCCUCAUCACAAAAUAAACAUGUAAAGUUCAGGCCAAUGUCUGUGAUAGACCUUCGAGAAGAGAGUGAAAGCCAAAGUGUUACUCAGAGACCUUCGAGUGCACAGUCAGCUCGUGCCAAAAAAUUGAUUAGACAAAUCAGCUCACCUAGCAAAAGUAAAAGCACGCCGAAAGAUAGUAUCACUUCGCAGCGUCGAGCGUCAACACCUGUGACAAAAAGCCCGGCAGUGGAAAAGAAGCUUUGUAAAGCAAAACCAUGUGAUAAAGUUUUGGGUGACGCUGAUGGUGUUGCGUCUAAUGGCGUCAAGUUACGGAAAAAAACUGCGAAGCCUCGACCUCGUAGUAUGGUUGAAACUACAACGACUACCAAGGAUAUCGAUGACUUUUUAAAUUCCAACGGCUUAACAUCUGUAAAUGAGCAGGUAACUCCGCGUAAGCACAAUGUCCACUCGAGCAGAGGAGGCAAAGCACUGACGCCUAACAGCGUUGCACGAAAACAAAGGCCGACAAGUCUAAUUUUAGACGACCCACUUAAUGACCAAACUCCUGAGUUAAAUUGCACAAAAGAUGUUAGACGAUCUGUUCCGUCACUACAAAACUUCCCACCUACCUUCGAAGACGAAAAGAAAAAUAUUUGCAAUCAGCGUGCAAGAAAAACUUCGAAAUUUACAUCCGGUAAUUUAUCUUCUCCACGGUGUGCCUCGCCGCCUAGAUCAUCAAGACAACCUUCUCUAAGUAGUCGUUCAAACAGUGUCUCUAGUUGCAGAAGCGAUCGAUCGCCAACUCGAAAAACAUCUACAACUCGUUCGGGACGAUCUCCUGCUCACAAAGCACCAACUUCGCGCUGUGACUCAUCUUCACACAUAUCGCCUGUUCGUUCUUCUUCACGAGAUCUGUCGCACACUCACUCACCAAAACUAUCAUAUCCUACCAAAAGAGGCAAGAUUUCAACACCGUCAAGAAAUAAAAGCCCAGCAAGUCGAAAGACGCCAAUACACGACAAACCUUUACCUCCUUGGAACCCAUCGAAUGUGCCUCAUCAUAGCCGUAUAACAUCCCCUUUAUCGCCUAGAAAGUCGUUUGAAAAGACAAGUACACCUCGAAAAAGUUCGAGUGAGUUCGGAAGCAGUAUCCGAAUUACGACUGAGGUCAACAAACGAAAAAAUAUAACAUUUCCUGAUGGAAAGACUGUUGAUAAAGAAACAAAAACAAAAACAACCGUGUCGUUAGACAUGGAUACGGAAUCCGAACAACAAGUCAAAAGAACUUUAUUAUUAACCAAAGUAAAAAACCUUGCGCAAGAGAUAAAAAUUCUAACAAAAACUGAAGAGAAAUCAUCCGAUUCAUCAUCCGAUUCAAUCGGUUCACAUCGGGCUAGUGGUGCGAACAACAGUAGAAAUAAUAGUGACUUGUUAAAUGAUGUUGUAAAAGAAGAGACAGACCGGUUCAGCGAGACCGAAUAUCUAUCGAUGAGAUGAAAUACGUUUUGACACUUAACAUGAUAACAUUAUCAUCUUAUCGUGUAAUAUCGUUAAUUUAACGGGUAGUAAUGGUAAAUUAUCGAGGCGUAAAUUUAUUUCUUUAUAAUAAAUUUUAAAAUUUGUUCUUCCGAAGAACUUAUAAAUUUUCAAUUAAAAUAUAUAAAGUGUUCAUUUUCA